AUGGUUAGAGAAGGGUCCCGAUUAUUGGCCGACAUUCCGGCCGAAAAUUUAGUAGCUGACGAAGGUGAUGAGGAAAGGCGCCGAGUCAUAUCAACCAACGUGGCUUCAGAAAAGGUGGACUCAAAUGAUUGGUAUUUCGCGAAGUUUGGAGCUUUCGUCGAUUUGAUACGACGUACAGCUUAUUGGCUACGAUUGAUAAAAUUGCUUCGCGAACCCAAAAACACUCGUAAGGACACUACAUUCCUAUCCACAAGCGAGCUGAAAGAGGCAGAAAGAUUGCUGAUUUCGAAGGUUCAACAAGAAUGUUUUUAUCCGGAAUGGAGAACCCUCUCUAAAGGUGAAACGAUUCCACGCAAAUCUCCGCUGCGCUGGUAUAACCCAUAUAUAUCUACGGAUGGAUUGAUAAGAGUUGGAGGACGAUUAAAGCAUUCUAAAGAAUCCGAAGAUAAGAAGCAUCCAAUUGUUUUGCCCGCUAGGCACCAUUUUACGAGAUUGAUUAUAAGACACUAUCAUGAGAAGUUGCUUCACGCAGGACCUCAACUGCUACUAGGAGCAAUAAGACUCCGAUAUUGGCCAUUAGGUGGAAGGAAUCUCGCUCGCUACACUGUGCAUCACUGCCAAAAGUGUUAUCGAUCAAAACCGUCUGCAAUCCAGCAGUUCAUGGGAGAGCUGCCAUCGGCACGGGUCACCGUAUCUCGUCCGUUCUCACGAACGGGCGUUGACUACUUCGGACCACUUUAUCUAAGAUUAGCCCCGAGACGACCAGCAGUGAAGGCCCAUGUAGCGAUCUUCGUUUGUAUGUGUACCAAGGCAGUACACUUAGAGCUGGUGAGUGAUUUAUCUACCGACCGGUUUCUGCAAGCGCUGCGGAGAUUUAUCUCAAGGAGAGGGAUGUGUACGGAUAUUUACUCCGACAAUGGCACCAACAUCAUCGGAGCUCGCAAUAAACUUCGGGAAGUAUUGAAAUUGCUGAGAGAUAGCAGCCACCGAAAUCAAGUGUACAAGGAGUGUUCCAAUCAAGGGAUUCAAUGGCACUUUAAUCCACCUAGCGCGCCACACUUCGGAGGCUUGUGGGAGGCAGCCGUACGAUCAGCAAAAAACCAUUUAUUGAAGGUUCUUGGUGAGAGUGUGGCGACUCCCGAGGAUAUGAGCACAUUGCUCGUUCAAGUGGAAGGAUGCCUUAAUUCAAGACCGUUAACACAAAUGUCUGAGGACCCGAAUGACUUGGAACCGUUGACACCGGCCCAUUUCCUCAUAGGAACUUCUUUACAGGCGAUUCCGGAAGAAAAUGUGGAAACAAUGCCCACUAAUCGUUUGAAUUAUUGGCAGUUAAUCCAGAAACGGUUACAAGACUUCUGGAAGAGAUGGCGUAGAGAUUAUUUGGCCCAGCUGCAAGGAAGGAUGAAGCGAUGGAAACCACCUGUUGACAUCGUAGUUGGUAGGUUGGUAAUCAUUCAAGACGACAAUCAGCCUCCUAUGCGGUGGAAAAUGGGAAGAAUUAUGGAGGUACAUCCUGGGGAUGAUGGAAUUGUGCGGGUGGUGACACUUAAAACAUCUGCAGGAAUAUUGAAACGACCGGUGGAAAAAUUAUGCGUUUUGCCAAUCGAAGAACCCAGCAAUUAA